AUGGGACUCCCAGAAGAAGAAUCAUUCAACGAGAACAUCCCCUUCGUUGUCGAGAUGCCCCCUGAGCCCCCGGCAGCACGAUUGCCAGUGCCAUUGCCAUCGCCAUCGCCAUCUCGAUCUCAAUCUCGCCCGACUUAUGGGUCAACAUGGGUUGGCACCCUGCUCGAUGUCCCUCAAGAUUCGCCUAUCCAAUCGGCCCUCAAUUACAUAUCCAAGGUUAUGUUAAUGGCUGUGUUAAUUGUUGCUGUGGCUAUGGUUACGAUCGUGUCUAUCUGUACAUCUGUCUCCUCGACCGGCUGGGCAGAGCACCUGGGCCCCCUGCUUUUCCCGCCUUUAUUUGCAGGAAGCAUACAACAGCCGAAGUCCCUGCCGGUCCCCCUCGCUACUAUGGUGGAGCAACUACAACCAUUCAAUGGUAUUCGCUUUUUGCCUCCAAAACGUAUUUAG